AUAUGGCAAUUCUGUUGACACUGUCAAUUUUGCCAAACAAAACCGGAAAGGAAUAAACUCUUUUCGUGAAUACAGUGUUUGUGUAAAGACGUUGUAAGGACGUCAUGCCUUUCGCGCGGUUUGUGGAACCAGGGCGCGUUGCCCUGGUAGCUGAAGGUCCCUUGAAGGGAAAGCUAGUAAGCGUGGUCGAUAUCAUUGACCAGACCCGUGCUCUCGUCGACGGGCCUUGCAGCGGCGUCUCACGUCAACAGAUCCGCCUGAACCAACUGCAUCUUACAAAGUUCCGUCUCAGGUUCCCCUUCACAGCGCCCACGCGCAUGGUGAGGAAAGCAUGGACGGAUUCUAAACUCAGCGAGAAAUGGACAGACAGCCAGUGGGCCACCAAGCUUGCUAACAAAGAGAAACGUGCUCAGAUGACUGAUUACGACCGCUUCAAGUUAACGUCAGCGCGUGUGAAGAGAAACCGUGCGAGAACUGCAGUGUUCAAGAGUCUGAAGGUUAAAGCUGCGCGCUCCGGCACGUUCGGCAAGAAGCUCGUACCCAAGGCAGCCGCCAAGAAGGUGCGCACCAAGAAGCCCGUCGGCAAGAAACCGGCAAAGAAGUAAUUCUUUAGUGUCUAAACCAGUUUAAAGUGUGACUAUCAAAGGACUAAAAAUAAAGAAUUACUCUUAAGCCUA